AUGAAGAAGAGGCCAUCUCGGACCAGCAACACCACUGCAAACGAAAUUUCUCAAAACCUCUCAGCCUCCUCCAAAAUUCCAUUUCGUGCCCGAAAAAUCCGAAAACUUGUCACCCACACCGCUCCUAUCAACAAUCCUCAUAAUUCCCCCAAAAUUGUUAAGCCACUAACAUUCAAUGGCGAAAUCGACCUCGCUCUGCAAUAUCUACGCGGCUCAGAUACUCUUCUAGCAACCCUCAUAGACACACACCGUGCACCCUCAUUCGAGUCUGGUGGAACGCCGUUUUUGUCUCUCGUCAAAAGCAUACUUUAUCAGCAACUGGCGUCCAAAGCUGCAAAAUCAAUCUACGAUCGUUUCCUCUCCCUGGUUGGCGGCGAAGAUAAGGUCCUCGCCGACGCUGUUUUAUCAAUCUCAGCUCAACGGCUUCGUGAAACGGGAGUUUCGUUUCGAAAAGCGAGCUACAUUCAUGACUUAGCAGACAAAUACGUAAGGGGGGUUUUAUCGGAUGAUUCGAUUCUUGAAAUGGACGAUGAGAUGCUUUUCAAAAUGUUGACGUGUGUGAAGGGUAUUGGCCCUUGGUCUGUACACAUGUUUAUGAUAUUUUCACUGCACAAACCGGAUGUUUUGCCGGUGGGUGAUUUGGGAGUGAGAAAAGGCGUGCAAGCUUUGUAUGGAUUAAAAGAGUUGCCGGGGGCUUUGAAAAUGGAAGAGGUUUGUGAGAAGUGGAAGCCUUACAGAUCUGUUGGGGCUUGGUACAUGUGGAGAUUAAUGGAAGCCAAAGGACCUUCACCAAAUGUGGUUGCAGGGGAAAAUAUUGUUGAAGCACCAUAGAUUAUUGAUUUGGCAUUGUAGAACUCUGGCUAUAUGUAAUAUGUAUAAUAAUUGUGGUUUGAAUUACACCCAAUUUCUGAUUUCCUCUGCCAUGUACUAGUUCAUGAAGAAUCAACAAGGUAAUACUUCUUUUUGCUAUUGUUAACUCUGAGCUUAUUA